CUGCAAGGCUCCGCACGACCUCCUGAACUGGCCCAGGAUGGCGACCUUGUUCUUGGAGGCAUCUUUUCUUUUCGCACAGGGCAGGAUUAUGUGACUAAUACAUUUCAGACAGUUCCAGAUGUACGAAAGUGCAAAAACUUCAAUCUCAGAGAAUUCAAAUUUGCUCAAGCGAUGAUCUUUGCUAUAAAUGAGAUCAACAGAAAUCCUGACAUGUUGCCGAACGUCACGCUCGGUUACAGGAUCUAUGGUGACUGUGGGACCAUGGACAUACUGAGAGCUGCACUGGCACUGGUGAGCGGAGUGAAGGAGGAAGUCAGGGACAACAACUGCACUAAAGUGGAGACGGUGCAGGCUAUACUGGGACAUUCAGGAUCCAGACCAACUAUUGCAUUUCAAAAAGUGGUUGGAGGAUUUCAUAUUCCUGUGAUCAGCCAUUUUGCCACCUGCGCCUGUCUGAGCAACAGAAAACAAUAUCCCACCUUCUUUCGAACGAUUCCCAGUGACUACUACCAGAGCAGAGCCCUGGCAAAGCUGGUCAGGGUCUUCAGCUGGAACUGGAUCGGGGCUAUAGCUGUGAAUAACUAUUAUGGCCGCAAUGGCAUUAAUGCAUUUAUCCAAAGUGCACAAGAAUACGGCGUCUGCAUUGAGUAUUCUGAAUCGUUUUCAUCGUCAGGUCCUCCUGAAAACCUGCAGAGAAUAAUAACGAUCAUUAAGCACGCCACCUCCAGAGUUAUUGUAGCCUUCAUGACUCACAGAGAAAUUAAGCUGUUGGCAGCAGAGUUGUACAAGCAGAACAUCACGGGGCUGCAGUUUGUCGGCAGCGAAGCCUGGAUCACAGAUCACUCUCUGACAGACAGCGAGGGGCACAGCAUCCUGGAGGGUUCACUGGGCUUUGUCGCCAGCCGAGCUGAGAUCCCGGGGCUGGGGGAGCACCUGAGACGGCUCCACCCCUCACAGUUCCCCCACAGUCAGUUUGUCAGGGAUUUCUGGGAAGAGACGUUCGACUGCUCUCUGAAUGAGAGUGCAGACACACAGAGAAAGCCAUGCAGCGGCUCUGAGAGCCUGCAAAACGUAGAAUCACAAUUCACUGAUGUGUCAGAGCUGAGAUUCACUAACAAUGUGUACAAGUCAGUUUAUGCAGCGGCUCACGCUCUCGAUAACCUGAUUAAAUGUGAGGACGGUAAAGGACCCUUUGCCUCUGGGAGCUGUGCUGAUCCCGAACACAUUCAGCCUUGGCAGGUUGUGCAGUAUCUCAGCACUGUGAAUUUCACCACCGGUGAGGGGGAGAGAGUUUAUUUUGACAAAAAUGGAGACUCACCGGCAAGAUAUGAACUCAUUAAUUUACAAACGGCAAACAAAGGAACUAUGAAAGGAGUCACAGUUGGCCGUUAUGACGCUUCUCUUCCAGAGAGUCAUCAGUUCAUAAUGAAUAACGUCCCAGUUGUCUGGGGAAACGGGCUCACAGAGGAGGCGCCUGUGUCAGUGUGCAGUGAGCGUUGUCUCCAGGGAACUCGUAAGGUCCUCCAAAAAGGAAGACCAGUCUGCUGCUAUGAUUGCAUACCCUGUCCUGCAGGAGAGAUCAGUAAUUCAACAGAUUCAAUAGACUGUAUGAAAUGCACACCAGAGUAUUGGUCCAACGGCCAAAGAGAUGCCUGCAUCCCCAAAACAAUAGAAUUCUUGGCAUAUGAUGAAAUCCUGGGAAAACUGUUGGCCGCAUUUUCAUUACUGGGACUUUUUUUAACAAUGAUCACGACACUUGUCUUCUACUGCAACAUAGAAACCCCACUAGUACGAGCCAACAACUCAGAGCUGAGCUUCCUGCUGCUCUUCUCCCUGACUCUGUGCUUCCUGUGCUCCCUCACCUUCAUCGGCCGGCCGUCUGAGUGGUCCUGCAUGCUGCGACACACGGCGUUCGGCAUCACCUUCGUCCUCUGCAUCUCUUGUGUCCUCGGGAAAACUAUAGUGGUGUUAAUGGCCUUCAGGGCGACACUUCCAGGCAGAAAUAUGAUGAAAUGGUUCGGUCCUGCACAGCAGAGGAUCAGUGUUCUGGUGUUCACUCUGAUACAGGUCGUGAUUUGCAUUCUUUGGCUGACAAUCAAUCCUCCGUUUCCUUUUAGGAAUAUGUAUCUCUAUGAGGACAGAAUCAUCUUAGAGUGUGCGCUGGGAUCAGCUGUCGGCUUCUGGGCUGUGUUGGGAUACAUCGGACUCUUAGCCAUGUUGUGUUUUGUUCUCGCUUUUUUGGCUCGAAAGCUUCCAAAUAAUUUCAACGAGGCUAAAUUGAUCACCUUCAGCAUGUUGAUCUUCUGCGCAGUCUGGAUCACAUUCAUCCCGGCAUACGUCAGCUCUCCUGGGAAGUUCACUGUGGCUGUGGAGAUAUUUGCCAUCCUGGCCUCCAGCUUCGGACUCCUCUUCUGCAUUUUCCUGCCAAAAUGCUUCAUAAUCAUUUUUAGACCUGAGCAGAACACCAAGAAACACAUAAUGGGAAAGACAUCAAAUAAUGAUAUACAUUAUUGA